AUUACAUUUAUUAUUGAAAGGACUGACUAAACUCAAAUCCUCAAGGUCGCUCCCAAAGAUGCCUAGUAUAAGCAGCGGGUGAUUAGAUCCUCCUGCUAAAAUGUGAUAUAUGAUGUGUUCUGCUAAAGUUGCCGACGUUAUUCCAGCUGUUGUCGCCUGGAGUCUUAUAGUAGGUAUCACGGCGGUAUACCUCACCUUCAUUUGCUUCCAGUUCGCAGCAACUUACUCCUGGUCUAUAUUUGUUCUUCAUGCUAUCCUAGUUUUCUAUGUGUUAUGCUGUCUAACGCGAACAACUUUCAUGGACCCUGGUUAUUUUCCUUUCGCAACGGAAGGAGAGGCUGAAUAUGAAGAAACCAAAUCUGCUCCUGUUCAUCGUGAAUAUAAUAUUAAUGGAGUAUUGGCCAAAGUCAAGUGGUGCAGCACAUGUUUGUUCUACCGUCCCCCAAGGUGUUCACAUUGCUCUAUUUGUAACCGGUGUGUGGAUACUUUUGAUCAUCAUUGUCCUUGGGUCAAUAACUGUAUUGGAAAAAGAAACGCGCGUUACUUCUUCAUGUUCUUAAUUUCGCUUACACUUCAUAUGAUUGCCGUGUUUAGUAUAACCCUAGCAUCAUUAUUACUUAACGAUCAGCCGAUCGUAUUCUAUACAAAUAUUAUACGAAUUAUUACACUUUCUCUAGUUGGUGUUAGUUUUAUUCCGGUUUUUGGACUAACUUCAUUCCAUGUAUAUCUAAUAUCCCGAGGAAUGACAACCAAUGAACAGGUUACAGAUAAAUUUCGUGGACUGUUAAAUCCAUUUACAUUGGGUUGUUUGUUAAACUGGCGGAGGUUUUGUUGUGAACCUCAAUUUCCUCGUCGUUAUUUGGAAGUAGUCCCAACCAAAUCCCGUCGUAUUAAAUAUUUUAAAUUGAGAAAAAGUAGAUUUAGCAAAUUCAAUCAUUUCAUGAUUAGUAGCGGUGGCGCUGAUCCCGGGUGUACUGAUGAUGCCGUUAUCAAUACAUACACAGAAUCAAAUCAUAAACUACUCAUGGAUCAUAUACAUAGUACAACUACCAGUGAUAAUAUUAAUCAUAAUUAUAGUACUGAGAAAGACACUAUGCUUGACAAUACUGAUACUAAAAUGCCUAAUAUCAACAGUAAUACAUUCUAUGACAAAAAAUCACUUGGUGGUGGGAAAUAUUUAUACACUUUAAAAGUUCCACAAAACCAUUCACAUCAUCAUCCACGUCAACAAUUAACUAACCAAAAUCAGGGUAGUACUCGAUCAACAAAUCAAUUGAUACCACGUGGACCAUUAGUUUGUGAUAAUGAAGAACCAUUAUCUUCGAUUAUUAAUAAUUUAACAUCAAAUCGUAAUAAUGUAAUGACAACAGCGAUAACAACAGCAACAACACCGACUGGAAACCAUAAAUUGGAAGGUAAUAAUGAUACUUGCUCAAUUAAUGAACAAAAUUUACCAUGUACUAACGCUAGGCCAUCCGCUGAUUCACUCGGUACUUUAGACAGUGCAUAUCAACCACAUCAUCAAAAUUCAUGUAAUAACAGCGGCAAAGUAUUGGUAGACACUGCCAGUAUUAGUCUUUCAGGUUGGAGUGAAGAUGCAGUUUCGCUGAAAACAUUAGAUCGUCUUAUCGGUAUUACACGUCAUCAUCAUCCAACGAUUGGAGGAAAUGACAGUGCAAUUGCCACAAGUAUUGGUGGGGGUGGGGGUGGUGGAGGUAGUAGUGGUCCAACUUAUUUAACUGUUGAACGUAUUCAAGAAAAUGGGGAAUCACUGAUAGAUUCUUCAACUUCCGUUCUAGAUCGAAAUAUUUCAACUGAUCAAGAUUCAACACACUUCUUUAAUUUUAACGGUUUACAUAUAAAUGGUUAUACGGGUAUAUUACCUACUUCUACAGCUGAUUCAAUCAGUCAACAUUUUACACAUACACUACCUCUUUAUCAACAAAAUAUUGUACGUUCACUUGGUGAGAAUGACUCCUACUGUAAUUUCUAUGAUGGAAGUGUGACAGGUGUUAUUGGGAAUGAAACCAGUGGAACUGUUGGAGUCAAUGUUAUACCACCAUCUAUUAACUCUUUAUCGAAUACAUUCAAUCAUGUAGAUAAUUCUUUAUCAGUUAAUGAUAAUUAUCAUGUUAAUUACUCAAACACGAACGAUAAUAAUUCUUUAUUCAAUUCUAAUCCGUUAUCGAUUAAUAGUAGUACUAAUCAUCCAAUCACCAGUAGAAAUCGAACACAAUAUUCUACCACUACUACUAAUAAUAAUAAUAAUGGUGGAUCUAUGUUUAUGGUAAAUGAACCACAUAUUUCCGCUUCUAAUAAUUUAGAAUUAUUGAAUCCUUCACGUUCAACAAUUAAUGCUACUACUACUACUACUACUAAUAAUAAUAAUAAUACUCAACAUGGUUCCAUUGAAUUACCUUACAUUCCGUCACUAUAUCAUACAAGAGAUAAUAGGAAUAUCAGUAAUAAUAGCAAUAAUGAUAAUAAUAAUAAUAAUAGUACACAUCCACCGGGAAAUUAUGCACAAGCAACAUUUGUUAAUCAAGUUUUUCAUGGACAAUCAUCUGAUCAAUCAUCGCCUAAUACAAGUCGAUUCAGUUUUAUUUUUUCACCAUUAGACGUUAAUGCACCUCAUGCAUCACAAGAGACUCUAAGUACAGCUACAUCACAAACAUCUAUUCUUCUACUUGGUUCACCAUCUAGUCCAAGAGGUUUUCCAUCAUCGUCUCAAUCUAACAACAACAUGGGUCCGGUAAAUGAUUCAUCAGCACCGAUCAAUUAUGAAACUGAUGACUAUUGUGUCAGUCGAACUGGUACUAUGCUACCAUCAAAUCGUAUGUCAAAUUAGAAAUAAUACAUUAUAAUUUCUAUAUUGUUGUUUGUUUGUUUGUUUGUCUUUAACAUAAUAUUCAUCAUUCAAUACCAAUUAGACUACGGUGAUAAAUACCAACUGCUUCCAAUAUAUUUCCAUACAUUUAUUGUACAACAUGAUACGUGAUAUUAUUGAUAUUGACAAGGUUUAUUCCAAUUCAUUGUUUCAUUAUCUCCAACCUUAUUUGUUUUCAUAAGUAGCAUUUGUUUAUCAAUCUAUCAAUUGAAAUAAGCAAAACGUUUCGACUGUAUGUAUGUGUGUACGUUUUUACAAUUUCUGUUUGUAUACAGCUCUUUUCUUUUUCGUUUUUCCUAUUAUUGUAUACAUUGUAGAUAAAGGAUAAUAUUUACAUAAACAUACACAUUCAAGACUAAUAUUUCACUCACUUGCACCUAUCAUACCAAUUCUUUUUUUUUCUGUUUACUACUCAUCAUUAACAUCCAUGUACACUCAAUUAUUCCUGUCUGAGUUUCAACUGUUUUACGUCUCUCUCUAUGUGUGUGUAUGUGUUUGUACUCAUAUACAUUCUUUUCCUAAAUGUCUAAUCUCUGUCUACGGUGAAUAUAUUUCUUUCGUGAAUGUAGACUUUUUUUAUCUACCAAAUACUUAAUCAAUUAGUUUUACACUUUAUUUUCUCAUCGAUAUCAGUCAAUGCUACCGAGUGGUUGUUAUUAUUACUAUUAAUAACAGUAUUCUCAAGUGUCCAUGUUCUCAUGUUUACGUCUGUGUAUUUGCAAAAAUUAUAAAAUAAUUUAAAAACUAUUUUCUUUUAGUUCAUUGAUUCCAGUUGUAAAAGAAAAGAAUCCUAGAAUUCAGAUGUAAAUCUAAAUUACAUUCUCUCAUGUAUAUGUGUACAACAUAAGAUAUAUUUUUAUCAAAUUUCCAUUUGAUUGUCUUACAAACAUUACCUACCUUCCUUUUGUGAAGUUAGUUAUCUUCAGUGUUCUCUCUACCAUUGGUGACACUUUCUGUCUUUAUUUAAUUUGUUCCCUUACUUUUUUCUCCUAAUCUUGUUUUUUAUCCCUUUCCGUUACUAUGGUGACCUUUUUCACCUCAGUUUCAGGUUACAGAUGUGUACUAGGAAUAAGUGAGUUAUUUUCAUUCCAUCAUUCAUUUUAUGUGAACAUACCUGAUAUAUAUAUGUAUACGUUUGUGUAUCAGUUUGUGUUUCCAUGUGUUGCGUAUGCGGACCUCAGUGUUUUUGCAAAUGUUCUACUGUUUUGUAUGAUGAAAACGUGUUAUGCAACAUUUGACUAAUAUUUACAUAUAUGUAUCUAUUUGUAAUGUCUUCAUUUUGCUUACUACUUAUUUAGUUAGUUGCUUAAAAAUUUCUAGCGAAAUAGUCUUCCUGUUUACUGUCCUCAUUUUCAGUUUCCAGAUUACUUGUUUAAGUCUGCUAUCAUCUGUCUGAUGCCCAACUGAGUAUAAUACAAUUAAAGGAGAGAAAUUUUGUCAUAUGAAAAGUUGAGUAGUGUCAAUAUUAUGCAAUAACUGUUUGCUGUUAUAUGUUGCAAUAUCGUUGUUCCUCUUUUCUAAAUAGUGCAAAACUUGUAAAAUUCUGUGAUUUGAAAAGGGUUUUAAUAUGUACAUUCCGUUGUUCCGAUGAGUUGAGUAGUAUCUAUCUGAACUAAGCAGAUAACGCGUUGGGUGUUUGGAGCGAAAGUUAUUUGAUUCAAGUCCCAAUGUAAACAUCGACACAACAUCCAGUUGGCGAAUCCCAAAUAAAACAAAACGUACAUACUGGAUCCUACUGCUAGCCAUUACCCAACUUUACUUAAAAUCUUAUGAUGUCAUGACAUUACCGAGGCGAUUUUCUUGGGAUACAAAAGAGACCGAUCAAUUGGAUUCUUCAACAACAGGAUAAUUCAAACCCUUACAAGUGAAAAUGUCCUCCAUUGUUUCCAACAAAUUUCGGAGUACAUAUAUCUUGUCCAUACACUCGCUUUUAGAACCUCAUAUUCCAUGGGAGAGCGCUAGUAAUAGUAGCCAAUUGUUUAAACUGAAAUGCAUGGAACAGGUUUCAAAUGCAAAACCCAAAAGUUGGAUACUUUACUCACUACACCUCACUUACUACUCUGCUUACACUUCAGUCUAUAUAACCAAGUGAUACAUGGUGUAUAUACAGUCCAAUCCACAAAUGUGUAUUGACGUUUUGUAAACGGAAUUUCAGUCAUUACUGUGAUUACUUAAAAUAAAGUUCUAACUUUAAUUAGAAUUCUAGUUGCAAAGUUAUCUACAAAUACUAAGCUGUAACGUAGUUUCCAGCCACUGAUUAAUAAGAAAAGCUCAGUGUGACAAGUAAAUUGUUGGUCAGAAGUGAUAAACCAAUUUAACCUAAUAUUUAAAGCCUCAGAUAACUCAACGUUGAUGUUUAUUACUUGCUCCAGACAAAAUAACUUGACGUGUUUUUCUACGUACUCAACAGAAGGUCUAAAGAGUAUAAAAAUUUAGACUAGUGGAUUUAUCUAUUCGUACAUUGUAUUCGUCAUGGAUUACCAUUAAUCGGGGCACAAUUAAAAAUCAGAAAGCACUGAACGAUUGUUUCUUGUUUAGUUGUCGUCCGUAUCAAGGGUUGAACACGUGAUCUGGUCUUUUAGAGAGCAUUUGCUUCUAGACCACUGGGUUAGAUUCUCAUGAAUCACAUCAACUCGCAAUACGGUUCGACGAUUAUUCAUAUGCUUUCGAUGAUGAUUAUUUCUCUUUGGGCAUAAUUGGACUCCAAUUGUCAGCACUUCUAACUGAAACUUUAGAAAAUCAUUUCGAAACCUGUUACCAGUGUACAUCAGUUUAAUCUGCAGCUUUACCUGUCACAGAUUAACAUCACGAACAUUCACUACUAAAUGGUUCUAUCCCCCCCCCAAAAAAAACAGCCAUUCAAUACUGUCUCAUUUUUCAAUUUCACCCCAACUUGUUUCAAUUUAUGACCAAUACAAACCUGUUAAAAACUGUGUUUAUAACUUUGAUAAACAUAUUAUGUGUAAGCCAAUUAGCGUGGGGUUUCAUUCUUUCAUAUUUCCAGUCGGGAACAAAUCAUCUAAUAAUUAUCGUAUUAUAUAGCGGACUGAUUAGACUGCUGUUUUGAAAAAUCCUUAUGUAACUAUGUUUAGCCAAAAGAUAUAUCCAUAUCUUAUACAUAUUUAAUCAUUCACUUAAAUAUUUCUACCUUCUGUAAUUUAUCAACUCUAUUUUGAACUAAGCCAAAAAUUGACUGAACAUAAGUUUGAAUGUGUCCACUUACCAAUAUCCUACAAUCUCAAUCAAGACUACUAUAUAUAUAGUAGUCUACGUAUCCAAGUGACGUCUAGAUGAAAUCAUCCAUUUUUCAUCAAUAUUAUUAAUCGAUACAUUUCUGAAAAAGUACAUAUCACAUCAUUCUCUAGUUAUUAUUAUUAUUAUUAUUAUU